GGUCAAUUCAAAUGGAUGGAGUAUGAGUUUUUAUUACAGGAACCGGAUCACCUUACUUGGUGUAGUGUUACUUUUUUACAUACCUGUAUAAAGAAUACUCAAAGCCAGGCACGGAAAAUCUUUAGACAUCAUUUAACUCUUUUGAGAAAAAGAAGCACCAUGUCAUCUGUGGCCAUGCAGCCUCAAGCCAUCACCACCCAGACCAUUAUGGUACAAGAAAACGACUGGAGUUCUGGUAUCUGUGACUGCUGUGAUGACAUGAAAAUCUGUUGUUGUGCAUUCUGGUGUUUGCCAUGCUUUGCAUGUAGUACAGCGGACAGGUUUGGUGAGUGCCUUUGCCUACCGUUACUGGAUUACACCAGUGGUCAUAUCCCAGCCGUAUCCCUGUCUAUUCGUGUCGCUGCUAGAGAGAGAUAUCGAAUAAAGGGCUCCAUCUGCAAUGACUGCUGUAUGAUAUGCUGGUGUAACUGGUGUUCUUGGUGUCAAGUUGCUCGUGAGAUAAAGGCAAGAAAGCAGCAGGCCACUAUCAUUACAACACAAGUUACCUCUCCCAUAGUAACCAACUACAAUCCAGGCCUCAGAGCUCAGCUGAAAUAAAUUAUAGACUCAGACUCAGAGUUGUGCAUCAUCGGAUUGACUUCCCAUCAUUGUAUGCUUCUACCUGUAGAAUUAUUAAUCGCAACUGUGUCUGUUUAUCCACAUGUAAAAAUAAUAAAUGCAGUCUAGAUUACGUGAAUGGCAUUGAUAAUUUAGAACUACAAACCUACUUUGCUUUUAAACAAUAAACUUAUUUCUUAAGUUUAAUUAGUUGAUAUUGUUAAUGAUAACCAUAUCUGAAGUAUAUUUACUUGUAAAAUAAUCUGAAAGUUGUAUAUGUAGUGUAACUACUCUUUAUAUUCACAUUGUAAUGAAUGAUUCUACAAGAAAUAAAUCAUGGAAAAGCUUCACUGCCUUUAGGAAUAAAUUCCAUUGUCAUGUUACAGUUGUUCUUACAAUGUUGAAAAAGUUAUUCAGCAUUAUAUAUUAAAUCUGUCAUAGACUUAAAAACUGCAUUUCUCAGAAAUGUGUUUAAUUCUUGCUCAUAGAGCUAACAGCAGCAUUGUGGGUUAGGGUCUUAGUAACACACUAGUGUAUAAAGGUUCAUGUAUGCAACAAAUAACAUGCAAACAAUGUUAGUUGAAAUCUGGGAAGAAAUCUCUCAAAUGCGUCUACCAAACACAUUGUUCUGAUUAAAAUCACUUGAAUCAAUGGCUUAUUGCUCUGUCUAAUGCUUUUAAUGAGAUCUACUCCCUGUGAUGAAUUUUAGAUUGCAUGUGUUUGUUAUACAGAGAUUGUUGGGAAAGGUCUUAGUGGUGACAAAAAGGUAAGAGAUGAAGAGCAUGAACUGUCCAGGCAUUAAUGGUAAUGUCUCCUUGGGUAGGCCAGUUUAUCUGAGAUAUCCCAGAUCAUGUCCUGUUUUGGUCCGUUUACAUUCCUUUUUAUUACCAGGUAGAUUUGAUUUAUUUAUUUUUUUUGUUUAGAAACUCACUAAUCUGCCUGGGUCUCACUGUUCACUUGGGCUUAGAUUAGUCAGAAGUUAUUUGUUCAAUGCCUAGCUCCCCAGUGUUUUUUCCUUAAAAUAACCAUGUCUGAGAAGUUACUCUUAUUCCAGGGUCAUGAGAGCAUUAGGUGUCAGCCAAACAUGUUCUUACCAGUCCAGCCAUACCUGUCAGUGCAAAUUUCUAUGUGAACGUAUGUGAAUUUGCAGACUAAGAUAGAACCUCCUGACUGCUCUAAGCAUAAAUAUCAGAAGGUAGUUAGCUGGAAAUAAAAUGUUAAUUUUAUUCUUAAAAUGUAUGAGCAUCUGGUUGAUGUUUAAAUAAACAAUGUCUUGUUUGCUGUCAA